CUUCACUGUUCAAAAACGGACGUCACUCUAGUGCGUGCGCAGCAUCUAUUCCGGUACCCAGCUCUGGCAAGGCAAGGCGAGAACACAUGACCGGCGCCCUCUCCUCUCACUUCUGCUUGCACUGUUCUCGUUCACUUGCAGUUCAGUGCGCGGUCCGAAUACACCUGGGCUAAAAUCGUCGUCGAUACCCUAAUUAAUUAAUUGAACAGAAGUCCUAAAACCCAACAACAAAAUGUCUCUCGCUGAUCCCGUUGCCUUUAUGAAAGAUUUCAUGGCCGGAGGUGUUUCUGCCGCCGUGUCCAAAACAUGUGUGGCCCCAAUCGAACGUGUAAAAUUGCUUUUGCAAGUCCAGCACAUCUCGAAACAAAUCGCAGAGGAUCAACGUUACAAGGGUAUGGUCGACUGUUUUGUCCGUAUCCCCAAGGAACAAGGUGUAUUGGCUUACUGGCGUGGUAACACAGCUAAUGUGAUCAGAUAUUUCCCAACCCAAGCAUUGAACUUUGCCUUCAAAGACAAAUACAAGCAGGUAUUCUUGAGUGGUGUCGACAAAAAGACCCAAUUCUGGAGAUAUUUCGCAGGUAACUUGGCCUCCGGUGGUGCCGCUGGAGCCACUUCCUUGUGUUUCGUAUAUCCUCUCGAUUUUGCCAGAACCAGGUUGGCCGCCGAUGUAGGUAAAAGUGGUGGUGAACGUGAAUUCAGCGGUUUGGGUAAUUGCUUAACCAAAAUCUUCAAAUCAGAUGGACUUGGAGGUUUGUACAAAGGUUUUGGUGUAUCUGUACAAGGUAUCAUCAUCUACAGAGCUGCCUUCUUUGGAUUCUACGAUACCGCCAAGGGUAUCUUACCUGACCCCAAGAACACUCCUCUUCUUGUAUCAUGGGCUAUUGCACAGACUGUCACUACUAUUGCUGGUAUUAUUUCUUAUCCAUUUGAUACAGUACGUAGGCGUAUGAUGAUGCAGUCUGGACGUUCUAAGAGUGAUGUCAUCUACAAGAGUACAGCUCAUUGCUGGGCUACCAUUGCCAAACAAGAAGGUGGUGGUGCCUUCUUCAAGGGAGCCUUCUCCAACGUACUCAGAGGUACUGGUGGUGCCAUCGUAUUGGUUCUCUACGACGAAAUCAAAACACUCCUCGUCUAAGAACCCAACCAAUUCUCGUAUCGCGCAUAACUUUUUUUGUAUAACACUCCAUAUGCAGUCCCUUUCACUAGGGACCCGAUUAGAUGAAUUUUUUCUCCUUUAAAUGUUGUUUUUAGUUAAGCCUUUGAUACAUAAAUCAUUCCGAACUGUUGUACCAUGUAUAAUAACCAAAAAAAAAAAUACUUUUUACAAAAGCUUUUUUUUUUUCUAGUUUAUUUACGUUGUCCUUUGGUACACUGUUCAGAUUAAUUAAUUUUUACAGGCCUAGCUAAAAGCUGUACUGUUUAUAAAAUACAUUAUUUUAAGCUGUAAUAAAUUUAUUUAUUUUUAAAAUUCUGGUUUUUAAUAAGUACAAAUACUUGGAAAAAAUCAAGACUUACGUACGUAAAUGUAGUUCUUCAAAAAUGUUUUGUUGUAAAAAAAAAUUAUGUGAAUUUUCUCACAAGUAAGUCGCUCCCUGUAGGUAAAUAUUUAAAAUUGAUUUGUUUUAUGCGGAUCGAAAAAAGCGUACUUGUACAUGCAAUUAUAAUGAAGCAAUGUUGUUGACUCUUAAUGUUUUAUUAUUAAUCGGAUAUUUAAGCAUGAUUCGAUUAU